AUGCCUCAACUGGAUAAAUUCACUUAUUUCACACAAUUCUUCUGGUCAUGCCUUUUCCUCUUUACUUUCUAUAUUGCCAUAUGCAAUGAUGGAGAUGGACUACUUGGGAUCAGCAGAAUUCUAAAACUGCGGAACCAACUUCUUUCACACCAGGAGAACAACAUCCGGAGCAAGGACCCCAACAGUUUGGAAGAUAUCUUGAGAAAAGGUUUUAGCACCGGUGUAUCCUAUAUGUACUCCAGUUUAUUCGAAGUAUCCCAAUGGUGUAACGCCGUCGACUUAUUGGGAAAAAGGAGGAGGAUCCCUUUGAUCUCUUGUUUCGGAGAAAUAAGUGGCUCACGAGGAAUGGAAAGAAACAUAUUCUAUUUGAUCUCGAAGUCCUCAUAUAGCACUUCUUCCAAUCCUGGAUGGGGGAUCACUUGUAGGAAUGACAUAACGCUAAUCCAUGUUCCACACGGCCAAAGAAGCUUCGGUUUUUAA